AUGCCAUCAUCGUCCCCAUUGGAAAAGCGCCUGUCUGCUCUCCUGGAGAAGCGUCGAGCUCAGUCAAAGCUCCGCAUCCUCAAGUCGAGCCCUCCCGGCUCCGUCGACUUCUCCUCCAACGAUUUCUUGUCGCUGUCGACCAACAAAGAGUUCCAGGAUGAUUACCUGGCGGGGCUGAAUAGGAGCCAUACGCCCAUUGGAUCAACGGGCUCCAGGCUGCUGGACGGCAACUCUGAAUUGGCCGAGAGCCUCGAGCGGGACCUUGCUGCUUUUCAUGGCGCCGAGGCUGGCCUCCUGACGAACUCGGGCUUUGAUGCCAACGUCAGCAUCUUCACGUUCCUUCCUCAGCCGGGGGAUGUCAUCAUCUACGACGAACUCAUCCACGCCAGUGUCCACGACGGCAUGAGGCAAUGCAGGGCAAAGCAACAAAUCCCCUUCAAGCACAACGACGUGGAAGACCUGAGUCGGAUCCUGCAGCGAUUUUCCUCGUCGAGUCCGAGUCAGACCAUUUUUGUCGCCGUGGAGACCGUCUACAGCAUGGAAGGUGAUCUCGCCCCUCUGACCGAGAUUGUCGAUUUGAUCGAAGCCAUGUUGCCUCGCAACAACGCCCAUUUGGUGGUCGAUGAGGCCCACGCGACUGGCGUCUAUGGGCCCAACGGCUCCGGCAGAGUCUGUGAACUGGGCCUGGAAAAGCGUGUUUCCAUCCGCCUCCAUACCUUCGGGAAAGCGCUUGCCUGCAACGGCGCAAUCGUCCUGUGCUCUCCUGUCAUCCGUCUCUUUCUCAUCAACUAUGCACGACCACUGAUAUACACAACCUUCAUGUCAUACCCUUCCCUCCUCGCGAUCCAGACGGCAUACGAUUGGCUCAAAAUAGGUAAAGCGAAUCUGCUUGCUGCAAACCUCUAUCAUCUGAUCGAUCACCUCUACACCCGGUUACAGAGCUUGGCACCUGUCGUCGCCGAAAGUGGGCCCGUGUCGAAGACUCUGGUGUCUCUGCCGACCACGUGUCCCGAGUCGCCCAUUUUCGCCAUCCUGAGCCCCAAUCCUCGGUCAUUGGCCUCGUACUGUCAGUCGGCCGGGUUCAUCGUGCGCCCGGUCGUCGCGCCGACCGUUCCUGAAGGCACGGAGCGUGUGAGGGUCUGCCUCCAUGCGGGGAACACCGUUGAGCAGAUCGAUCGGUUCGUCGAGUGUGUCAAGGAAUGGAUUGUCAAUGAGGGCGCACGGAACGCCCAUCCAGAGCAGCCGAGCACUCCGCAAACCCACGCGAUCAGCCCGCGGGUGGGGCUGAAAAUGGGUAAUAGUGUUCUCGCAAAAAUAUAG